CCUGGAAGCUGCAGCCGAGGGUGAGUCCCGGGCCCUGUGGAGCCAGAGCCAGCGCCCAGGAAGGGUCGGCCCCGUGUCGGGGAACUGGGUGUGUUAGGUCAGCGGGUGGGGCUGGAACAGAGCGGGAAAGAGAAGGCCAGAGACACAGAGGCAGAGGCGCAGCCGGAGCCGAACCAGGGGACAGAGGGUUCUAGAAGGCCGCGGGCAGGCAGGCGCUGGGCUCGGGAUGUCAGGGCGCGGCGAGCCCCCGCGGUGGGCGCAGGGGCCAGCGAUGAGGCUGCGGGACUGCCAGCACGGCUGCAAGAAGCACCUGGGCGACGUCAUCAGCUUCUUCUUCCGCUUCAUCUCGGGGAACCUGGCUGGAGACGGCAGCGACAGUGAGCUGGAGCUGUCCACGGUGCGCCACCAGCCCGAAGGGCUGGACCAACUGCAGGCACAGACCAAGUUCACCAAGAAGGAGCUGCAGUCGCUCUACAGGGGCUUCAAGAACGAGUGUCCCACAGGCCUGGUGGAUGAAGACACCUUCAAACUCAUUUACUCCCAGUUCUUUCCUCAGGGAGAUGCCACCACCUACGCACACUUUCUCUUCAACGCCUUCGAUGCGGACGGGAACGGGGCCAUCCACUUUGAGGACUUUGUGGUGGGCCUGUCCAUCCUCCUGCGGGGGACUGUGCACGAGAAGCUGAAGUGGGCCUUCAACCUGUACGACAUUAACAAGGACGGUUACAUCACCAAAGAGGAGAUGCUGGCCAUCAUGAAGUCCAUCUACGACAUGAUGGGCCGCCACACCUGCCCGGUGCUUCGGGACGAUGCACCUCUGGAGCACGUGGAAAGGUUCUUCCAGAAAAUGGACCGGAAUCAGGACGGGGUAGUGACCAUCGAUGAGUUCCUGGAGACCUGCCAGAAGGACGAGAACAUCAUGAGCUCCAUGCAGCUGUUCGAAAACGUCAUCUAGGACACGCAGGGGUCCCUAAGGCACCUCCACUGCCCCCAAAGGCACCUCAGUCCUGCCAGGAGAAGCCUCCAUAAGAAACUUUCACUAAUAUAUUUGCAGAAGGUGGAUAGUUUGCUCCAGAUACACACACACACACACACACACACACACACAUACACAUUCUCAUUCAUACUUUCAUACACAUGCAUUCUCACACCAUCACACAGUCACACACAUGCAUUCUCACACACGCACAUUCUCUCACACGUACACACCCACACCCACUCAGAUUUAUGCACAUACACUCGCACACUCACACAUCCACUCAGACUCACACACACUAGUGCAUUCACACAUACACUCAGACUCUCUCACACACACGCUCACACACUUUCACAUAUAGUCGCAUACUUGCAUACGUACAUACACAGACACACACACUGCGGGCUGGCAGAGGGGUCAGUGGGGCAUGCUGUGUCAGGUGGCCGUUGAGAGGGCAGUGUCCACACCCCCACCCAGGAGUGACCAGCCACCCUCACUCCCAUUUUACUCCACCACACCGGCGCUGUGCGGGGCUGCUCUGGCCUCGUCUGCCUACCUACCCCCCUCCCUGAACCCCUCAGAGGGACUCCAGGGCACCAGAGCUGAGGAAGAAGGAUGACACCCUGGGGGAUGGGCCCUGCUCCCUCUGCCUUCAGGCCAGGCACCCUCUCACAUGCCUGGCUUCCCAGAGGAGGGUCUGGAGCAAACUGCCCACCCCACCGGGCUCAGGAGCCAGGUGGUCCCGGGUGAGGAGGGGGGGCGCGGAGGGAGGCUGCCACAUCCCAAGGUCAUCACUGGGAAGCUCCAGCGGGGGCCUCCCUCCCUCUGUCCCUCGGCUGGGUACCCCCUCCCCAGUUAGGGUUCUGCCUCAGUGCGCUGCCCUUCAUGGGGGCCCACCCGGACCCUGUCACAAAGCACAAACACCCCAGCAGUGCGAGGGGGCGCCGAGAACACUCUGCUUCCGUGAGACGCCCCGGGGAAGAAGCACGGGGCCAGCUCCUGCCCAAAUCCAGCCCAGCCCAGUUCAAAAGCACAAAAGAGGUGGAGGGGAGAGAGGCAGAGGAAACGGACGGAGAGAGGAGAGAGCGCUGCUGCUGCCGGCCCCACCUCUCCAGGCGGACCUGCACGGCGGCACGCAGGCCUCCGGGGACAUCCCCACACGUACAUUCCAUCACCUGCUCAGGCCUGACCCCGAGGGAGCGGAAAGGAGGAGUGGCGGAGACUGCGGAGACGGGCUUUGAGGACCCCUGGGAGCCCCCAGACGGGGCCCUUGGCCUGGGAGUUGCACUGAUGCCCGCUCUCCCCUCUUCCUGGAGGGCGGCAGCUUCCCCCGGCUCAGGGAUCCCCGCCCCAGCCCGGCCCUGCCGCUGCGGGUGCAGCUCUGCUUUUAGGGGCCGUGGCCGUGGGGCAGGGCUUGUCCCCCACACUGGGCGCCAACUGGCCGCAUGUCUGCAUGGCAGAAGCGUCUCCCUUGGGCACAGCCUGGGGGGGGUCUCUGUUCUCAGUGCCCACCGGUAUUCAGUUCUGUAUAUUUUAAUAAAAUAAACUUGACAAGGA